CGCAAUCAAGCUUUGCUUUCCGCGUGGUCAUUACGAUGCGUGUUUCGGGCCUGGGUAGGCCUGGUGUAGAUCCCGGAUCGAGGUGUGCGUGAACCAGAUAAAGGGAAAUAUUGGAUGAGAGAUUUGAUACUGAAUCCUUGGUAUCGGGAGAUUCUUAAAGUAUGAAAGGGUCGCCCGUCCCGUGGAGGAGGCUCUUCAGGACUUCUGGAAAGUCUGCUGGUUGUGUCGCUCAUUUAUCUCUCACUUCUUGACGCUCCUUUAUUUCGCUCUUUGAAAGUCCAAUAGCAGACCAUACUAUUCAUUUCACAUGAAGCCUUGAGAUUGCCGGAAAUUGAGAUAUUGUAGCGUUGGUCGUUUAUAUACCACCAUGUUGUUGAAAGAUCAUGAGCAAAAGCCAACAUGGUCUGCCAAAAGAGCUCAAAGGUGUCUUAGCAUCGCAGUUAUCUUCGUCAUCAUCCUGUUCCUCGGCCUCACAUCCCAAAACUCCUGGCCGAGAAAAGCCGAACUCAAACUCUCAAAAAUAAGGCCCUAUACGUACGGCUCUACUCCCGAAGCCGGCCGACCAACCAUUCCAUUCGUAGACAAUCCGGUCCGUAAAUCGACCGAAGAUCCCUUCUUCGACGUUCCCUACAUCGAAGACGAUUAUGACUACGACGACGUCGCUCAAGAACCAAUCCAACCCCGGGAUCUCGAAACAAAAGAACUGUUAUCGCGAGAAGAACUCGAGGCCAGAGAAGGGAAGCUCAUUGGUCUCCAUUGAGCCAGAUUUCAGGGCUUAACUUUGUGGCGUUGUUCUGGGCCGGCUAUUUGGAAUUUCAAUUCUUGGUGUGGCUUUUUAGAGCGGAUCAAAAAAUCCGGAAUUCUGGGAGUUGAGACAUGCAUGAAUUUUUGAGACAGUUUUUGAAGAAAAGGAAUUUUCCCGAUGGAGUGGUGGAGAAAUGUGAUAUAUGAUAUGUGAGCUGUAGGAAUGAGGAGAUCUGCAUAUGGCAUGUGCAGAGAGACACUUUCGUAAGUGGCUGGAUAGAUGAAGAGUCACCUUUUUGUUAUGGAGAUCUCAUGACAGGAAUGUUGAAAAAGGAAAAGGUGAGGCUUCUCAGAGCUGUCUCCUGUUGAAAGUUAUUGGUCUGCUUUACGAAGAAAAGGCUCAUGACGGUUCUACAUUCCAGACUUU